GGCUUUGUUUUAUUAUAUAUACCUCGAAGCUAGCCUCAGCCUCGGCACUCACUUGCUUAGUACUGUAAUCCUUUUCUUUCUUCUUCAGUCUUUUAGUUUAAUUAAUUAGCAACAAAGCUGAUUAAGCAGUUUGUGAUAGUGCAAUGGUGGAGGAGGUUGUUGUUCUGGGCUUCUGGUCGAGCAUGUUUGCCAUGAGACCCAGAGUUGCUCUGACCGAGAAAGGGGUGGAGUAUGAGUACAGAGAGGAGGACUUGCCCAACAAAACCUCACUGCUUCUGGAGAUGAACCCGAUCCACAAGAAAGUCCCCGUUCUUAUCCACAACGGCAAACCCGUCUGUGAGUCGGCCAACAUUGUCCAGUAUAUUGACGAGGCUUGGAAGGACAAAGGUCCUACUUUGCUUCCUUCUGAUCCUUACCAGAGAGGUCAGGCCAGGUUCUGGGUUGAUUACAUUGAUAAGAAGUUAUAUGAAGCUGGGAAGAAUAUACGGUCCACAAAGGGAGAAGAACAAGAAGCAGCCAAGAAGGUUUUUUUGGAAAUCCUUAAGCUGCUGGAGGGAGAACUUGGGGACAAGACAUACUUUGGGGGACAGAGCUUUGGGUUCUUAGACAUCAAUCUUGUCACAUUUUACUGUUGGUUUUUGACCUAUGAGACCAUCGGAAACUUCAGCAUAGAGGCAGAGUGCCCCAAACUGAUUGCGUGGUUCAACAGGUGUACGCAGAAGGAGAGCGUCUCCAAAACUCUUCCUGACCCAAAAAAGGUGUAUGAGUUUUGCCUUUUCUUGCAAAAGUAUUAUGGUGUGGCAUAGUGGAAGGGAAAAGGGCUUUGCUUAACCAUGAUGUCAUGGCCACUUGCAAAAGCAUCUCGAUGUUAUGGCCUUUUCUUGCUUAAAUUAUGGUGUUCAUCUGUUUCCUUUAAUUUUCCUAUAGGCUCCGGCUUGUGUUUCA